UCCAGUUACUAAACCACAGCCCUCUGUAGGAUGACUCUGAGUUCCGGGACAAGAUCACUCCCAUCUCUGUGUUCAUGGAGUUCAGUCUGGACUACCAGCAGGCUGCAGAUGAGACCGGUCUACUGCCUAUCCUGGACCAGACUACGCCCACCAACAUCUCCAAACAGGCCCAUAUCCUACUGGACUGUGGCGAUGACAACAUCUGCAAGCCAGACCUCAAGCUGUCUGUGGUGAGUGACCAGAAGGAGAUCUACAUAGGAGAUGACAACCCCUUGACCCUGGAGGUGACAGCGGAGAACCGAGGAGAGGGGGCGUACGAGGCAGAGCUACAUGUCUUCCUUCCUCCCCAGGCCGACUUCACCGGGGUCGUACGCAACAGUGAGACACUGUCUAGAUUGUCCUGUGCCUACAAGAUAGAGAACCAGACCAGGGUGGUGGUGUGUGACCUGGGGAACCCUAUGAAAGGAGGAACUAAGGUGCUGGCCGGUCUGCGUUUCAGCGUUCACCAGCUGUCAGAGCAGGACACGUCUGUGAAGUUUGACCUGCAGAUACAGAGUUCCAACCAGUUCAACAACACCAGCAGUCUGGUCCUCAGCAUCACAAAGCUGGCUGUCCUAGCCAAGGUGGAUGUCAGAGGGGUGUCCGCCCCAGACCAGGUCUUCCUGCCUGUUGCCAACUGGCAGCCUAAAGAGAACCCUGUCGUAGGAGAUGACAUCGGCCCACAGAUACUGCACGUCUAUGAGUUGCGUAACAGAGGUCCCAGUACCUUCAGCAAGGCCAUGUUGGACAUAGAGUGGCCCUACAGGUUCAACAACGGCUCUCUGCUCUACAUCACUAAACUAGAGGUGGACGGGGACGGAGGCAUGAACUGCAGUACAGACAUGGAGAUCAACCCACUUAAUGUCUCAAACCCUCUAUCUGGAGAGAAGAACACCACCUCUCCAAGUGGAGGAGGAGACAGGACAGAGGGAAGCAACAGGAACCACGUUCACCGCAGAGAGCUGGAGAGGAAGGAGAUGGAGGGAGACCUGGAAACUCUGGACUGUUCCAAGGUCCAGUGUCUGAAGAUCCGGUGUCAGGUGGGCCGUGUGGAGAGAGGUCAGAGUGCUAUCCUCUACAUCCACUCCAGACUGGGCGUGGCCACCUUCCUCAAGACUGAGAGCCAGAACCGUUCGUUCACCGUGAGAUCCUCCGCUUCCUUCAGCGUCAUAGAGAUGCCUUAUAACAAGAACCUGUUGCCUGAGCUGCCCUCCAACACUACUACGGUGAGUAUGUCGGUGAUCUGGGUUAAAUCUGAUCCUGAACCUGUCCCUUGGUGGAUAGUGGCUCUGGCCCUGAUCGCUGGACUACUGCUGCUGGCCCUGCUCAUCUUCGUCAUGUACAAGCUGGGCUUCUUCGAGCGUGUACGCCCCCCACAGGAAGACAGCACGGAGAAGGAGCAGCUGGCACCACAGGAGAACGGCGACAGGAACACUGAUGCUUGAAAGAACCUGAGGGCUACCAAGGCUUUCAACACACGACCCUGUGUAGCCGUCUGUAAAUACACAACAGAUAACCUGUGUCUGAAUAGGUUCCCUAUGUAGUGCACUACUUUGGAACAGAGCCCUAUGGGAAAGCACCAGUACACACAGCCAUCUACUCUUUAUAAUCAUACUCACACUGUACCUGCACCUGCAUCCCGAAGCCCUGCAUCCUGAAGCCCUGCACCUGCAUCCUGAAGCCCUGUACCUGCAUCCUGAAGCCCUGUACCCUGAAGCCCUGCAUCCUGAAGCCCUGUACCUGCAUCCUGAAGCCCUGUACCUGCAUCCUGAAGCCCUGUACCCUGAAGCCCUGUACCUGCAUCCUGAAGCCCUGUACCCUGCAUCCUGAAGCCCUGUAUCCUGAAGCCCUGUACCCUGCAUCCUGAAGCCCUGCAUCCUGAAGCCCUGUACCCUGAAGCCCUGCAUCCUGAAGCCCUGCACCUGCAUCCUGAAGCCCUGUACCUGCAUCCUGAAGCCCUGUAUCCUGAAGCCCUGCACCUGCAUCCUGAAGCCCUGUACCUGCAUCCUGAAGCCCUGUAUCCUGAAGCCCUGUAUCCUGAAGCCCUGUACCUGCAUCCUGAAGCCCUGUACCCUGCAUCCUGAAGCCCUGUACCCUGAAGCCCUGCAUCCUGAAGCCCUGUAUCCUGAAGCCCUGUACCCUGCAUCCUGAAGCCCUGUACCUGCAUCCUGAAGCCCUGUACCCUGCAUCCUGAAGCCCUGUAUCCUGAAGCCCUGUACCCUGCAUCCUGAAGCCCUGCAUCCUGAAGCCCUGUACCCUGAAGCCCUGUACCCUGCAUCCUGAAGCCCUGUACCCUGAAGCCCUGCAUCCUGAAGCCCUGUAUCCUGAAGCCCUGUACCCUGCAUCCUGAAGCCCUGUACCUGCAUCCUGAAGCCCUGUACCCUGCAUCCUGAAGCCCUGUAUCCUGAAGCCCUGCAUCCUGAAGCCCUGUAUCCUGAAGCCCUGUACCCUGAAGCCCUGUACCCUGCAUCCUGAAACCCUGUACCUGCAUCCUGAAGCCCUGUAUCCUGAAGCCCUGUACGUACAUCCUGAAGCCCUGUACCUGCAUCCUGAAGCCCUGUAUCCUGAAGCCCUGUACGUACAUCCUGAAGCCCUGUACCUGCACCCUGAAGCCCUGUACGUACAUCCUGAAGCCCUGCAUCCUGAAGCCCUGUAUCCUGAAGCCCUGUACCCUGAAGCCCUGUACCCUGAAGCCCUGUACCUGCAUCCUGAAGCCCUGUAUCCUGAAGCCCUGUAUCCUGAAGCCCUGUA